AGAGAACUUAGCUCUACUCCGGCUUUGACUUGGGCCUUGGAUGGAUUUCCAAUUUUUCAAAAUUAGAAAUAGUGGUGGAGUGUUGUGAUGUAAACCAGGGAACUCAAGCUCAAGAACCUUCGGGGAGAAGAGAAACUUAUUUUGGGGGGUUGCCCCGGGCAUCCGCUCCGCCCGCAGUCGGACAGUGGACUCGGCUCGUGAUGGUUCUCCUGUCACUUUGGCUGAUGGCCGCGCUGGUAGAAGUUAGGACUGCAGCUCACGGACAAGCUGGUAAUGAAGAAAUGGUGCAAAUAGAUUUACCAAUAAAGAGUCAGAGAGAGUAUGAGCUGGUGACUCCAGUCAGCACAGAUCUGGAAGGACGCUAUCUCUCCCAUAUUCUUUCUGCAAAUCACAAAAAGAGGUCAGCGAGGGAUGUUUCUUCCAACGCUGAGCAGUUGUUCUUUAACAUCACCGCAUUUGGCAGGGGUUUUCAUCUGCGUCUAAAGCCCAACACUCAGCUGGUGGCUCCCGGGGCUGUUGUGGAAUGGCAUGAAACAUCUCCAGAGCCUGGGAAAGUGACUGACCCCACUGAUGGCCAUCAACCAGGAACAGCUUCAGAAAGAAUCUGGAAAAGAGAGCCUUUGCAGACCAACUGUGCUUAUGUUGGUGACAUCAUGGACGUUCCAGGAACCUCUGUUGCUAUUAGCAACUGUGAUGGUCUGGCUGGAAUGAUAAAAAGUGAUAAUGAAGAGUAUUUCAUUGAACCCUUGGAAAAAGGUAAACAGAUGGAGGAAGAAAAAGGAAGGAUUCACGUUGUCUACAAGAGGUCGGCAGUGGAGCGGGCUCCUGUAGAUAUGUCCAGAGACUUCCACUACCCAGACGCGGACGUGCGCGGCCCCGCGGGCCUGGGCGCCGCCUCCAGCAGCCUGGGCCGCAGGCUGAGCGCCGCGCGCAGGCGCAGACACGUGGCCGACGGCAGCUACAACAUCGAGGUGCUGCUGGGCGUGGACGACUCGGUGGUGCGGUUCCACGGCAGGGAGCACGUGCAGAACUACCUCCUCACCCUGAUGAACAUCGUGAAUGAGAUUUACCACGACGAGUCCCUUGGAGUGCAUAUAAACGUGGUCCUGGUGCGCAUGAUAAUGCUGGGUUAUGCAAAGUCCAUCAGCCUCAUCGAAAGGGGAAACCCAUCCAGGAGCCUGGAGAAUGUGUGUCGCUGGGCCUGCCAGCAGCAGAGAUCCGAUCUCAACCACUCUGAACACCAUGAUCAUGCAAUCUUCUUAACCAGGCAAGACUUCGGACCUGCUGGAAUGCAAGGGUACGCGCCAGUCACGGGCAUGUGUCACCCUGUGAGAAGCUGCACCCUGAAUCACGAGGAUGGCUUUUCAUCUGCUUUUGUAGUAGCCCACGAAACUGGCCAUGUGUUGGGGAUGGAGCAUGACGGCCAAGGGAACAGGUGCGGCGACGAGACGGCCAUGGGCAGUGUCAUGGCCCCCUUGGUGCAGGCAGCUUUCCACCGGUACCACUGGUCCCGAUGCAGUGGCCAAGAGCUGAAAAGAUACAUCCAUUCCUAUGACUGUCUCCUUGAUGACCCUUUUGAACACGAUUGGCCCAAACUCCCUGAACUUCCUGGAAUCAAUUAUUCUAUGGACGAGCAAUGCCGUUUUGAUUUUGGCGUUGGUUAUAAAAUGUGCACUGCGUUCCGAACCUUCGACCCAUGCAAACAGCUGUGGUGUAGCCAUCCUGAUAACCCCUACUUCUGCAAAACUAAGAAGGGUCCCCCGCUCGAUGGGACUGAAUGUGCUACUGGAAAAUGGUGUUACAAAGGCCACUGCAUGUGGAAGAGCGCCAGUCAGCAGAGGCAGGAUGGCAGCUGGGGGUCCUGGACCAAGUUUGGCUCUUGCUCCCGGACUUGUGGAACCGGUGUUCGCUUCAGAACACGCCAGUGCAAUAAUCCCAUGCCCAUCAACGGUGGUCAAGAUUGUCCUGGUGUCAACUUUGAGUACCAGCUCUGCAAUACGGAAGAAUGCCAAAAGCACUUCGAGGACUUCCGAGCACAGCAGUGCCAGCAGAGAAACUCGCACUUUGAAUACCAGAACAGCAGACACCACUGGAUGCCCUACGAGCACGCCGACUCCAAGAAAAGAUGCCAUCUUUACUGUCAGUCCAAGGAGACAGGAGACGUGGCGUACAUGAAGCAGCUGGCGCAGGACGGGACCCGCUGCUCCUACAAAGACCCGUACAGCAUCUGCGUGCGAGGGGAGUGCGUGAAAGUGGGCUGUGAUAAAGAAAUUGGUUCUAACAAGGUUGAGGAUAAAUGUGGAGUCUGUGGAGGAGAUAAUUCCCACUGUCGAACGGUGAAGGGGACAUUUACUAGAACUCCCAGGAAGCUCGGGUACCUUAAGAUGUUUGAUAUACCCCCGGGGGCUAGACAUGUGUUGAUCCAAGAAGACGAGGCUUCCCCUCAUGUUCUUGCUAUCAAGAACCAGGCUACAGGCCACUAUAUUUUAAAUGGUAAAGGGGAGGAGGCCAAGUCGCGGACCUUCAUAGACCUCGGUGUGGAGUGGGAUUACAACAUCGAAGACGACAUUGAAACUCUGCACACUGACGGACCCUUACACGACCCUGUGAUUGUUUUGAUUAUACCUCAGGAGAAUGAUACCCGCUCUAGCCUGACCUACAAGUACAUCAUUCACGAGGACUCGGCGCCCACGAUCAACAGCAACAACGUCAUCCAGGAGGAGCUAGACACUUUUGAGUGGGCUUUGAAGAGCUGGUCUCAGUGUUCCAAGCCCUGUGGUGGAGGUUUCCAGUACACUAAAUAUGGAUGCCGUAGGAAAAGUGAUAAUAAAAUGGUCCACCGCAGCUUCUGUGAGGCCGACAAGAAGCCGAAGCCCAUUAGACGGAUGUGCAACCUUCAGGAGUGCACACACCCGCUCUGGGUGGCGGAGGCCUGGGAACACUGCACCAGGACCUGUGGGGCCUCGGGCUCGCAGCUGCGCACCGUGCGCUGCCUGCAGCCUCUGCACAACGGCAGCAGCCGCUCGGUGCCCGCCAAGCACUGCGCCGGCGACCGCCCGGAGAGCCGCCGGGCCUGCAACCGCGUGCCCUGCCCCGCGCCCUGGAAGACUGGGCCUUGGAGCGAGUGCUCAGUAACCUGCGGUGAAGGAACAGAGGUGAGGCAGGUCCUGUGCAGGGCUGGAGACCAGUGUGAUGGGGAGAGGCCAGAGUCAGCCAGAGCCUGCCAGCUGCCUCCUUGUAACGAUGAGCCGUGUUUGGGAGACAAGUCCAUAUUCUGCCAGAUGGAGGUGCUGGCGCGCUACUGCUCCAUCCCUGGGUACAACAGGCUGUGCUGUGAGUCCUGCAGCAGGCGCGGCAGCACCCUGCCACCACCCUACCUUCUAGAAGCUGCUGAAAUGCAGGAUGACAUUGUCUUUAACCCUAGUGACCUCCCCGGGUCUCCAGUGAUGCUGGCCUCUUUGGUUCCUUCUCAUCCAGGGACCCCUGCAGAGAAGAAAUCUCUGAGUGGUGUCUCCAUGGGGGGCCCAGGUGCAUCUGCUGCCUUCAGGCCACACAGUGAACCCCACCCAGCUAACUUGCCCCCCAGGGGGGCUCAGCAGGUAGGAAGGAGGACUGUGAGGCUGGUCUCGGGUCCAACCUCCCCACCCAAAAGGAGUGGCCGCCUCCACUCAGCUCCGCAGACGGCUACUGCCGCCUUCCUUGCGGUCAGUGACUCAGCAGGUGCUUCUCAGGCUAAAACCUCAAAGAAAGAUGAAAAGAUUGUUGACAAGAGACAUCCAGUAAGAUCAUCUGCCUUGGCAAGAUGAGGGCGUGGACCCCAAAGGCUGGAAUUCAGAGGAGAACCAGGACAACCUCCCUCUCCCCAUGGUGCAUACGCUUGUUUAAAGUGGAAAUCUCUGGGUCAUCAACUCACAUGUAUCUGUAAGUGGAAAAACAAAAAGUGCUGGUUCACUUUCUAGCUGCUUUCAUCCUCCCAUGGUUCUGCAUUGACUGUUUACCAGAAUUCAUUGGAAGAAAGCACCAAAGACUGAACAGGAGAAAAACAAGUUGCUGAGUAUGUUGGUUACUCCCUGAGACACAGAAGGGACGGUCACCAGUUGUGCAUAUCAGCUGAGUUUUGUUGUUUUAAAAAAGUUAUGGUAAAAAUUAAAAAGAGAUAUCAAUGGUUUACACUUUAACAAGAAAUUUUGGAAAUGGAGCAAAAAAUUCUUAUACUUGUAUUCCUAUUUAUCUACAUUAGAAAUAUUGUAUGAGCAAAUUUGCAGCUGUUGUGUAAAUACUGUAUAUUGCAGAAAUCAGUAUUAUUUUGAGAGCUGUUCUCAGAUGAUUGUUUACUAUGACACAUUUCUGGAUGUUCCUGGUGCCUGCCGUUGACUGUUGCCUUAUUUGACAUCCCGUAGGUUGACUUUUAAAGCAAAAUAUUACAAAAGGGAAGUCAGAAUUACAGCUACUGACAUGACAGAGGGUUUUGUUGUAUGGUUUUGCAGAAUUAACAAUGUGAUACCUAAAUUAUACAUGAGAAAAAAAAAAACCCAGAGCAGCUGCAGACACACAGAUCCCAGCCCACCUGCUGCCUUCUCCCCUCACAGCUAAAAGGAGCAGGGUUGAUGUCCUAGCGAGCGUCGCUGACAGGGAACCCAGGUUAGUAAUGAGCCUGUGCCGGACAAAACUGAAGGUCUUUCCCAUGCCCUCAAGAGAUGCCAGGGAGGUGCCCUGCACUCUGGUGAUGGUGCUGUUAUUACCUUUUUAAUUUUCUGUUGUUGGUGAAUACAAGCAGUUUCACUGAAUGUACUGUAAUAAUCAUGAAGAAAAGUGUUCUGGGAUGACUUGUUUGUAUGUUGGUAGCUGAGAAAAAUAUUACCAAUCUAAAACUGACAUUCGAGUAUAAUAGGGCUUUGGGGCUUUGGAGACAGGAUCAAGAAAGCAUUUGUCAAUGGUUGAGAUAUUUAUUUUCCACAUGGUUCAUAUGCAAAUGUUCGCAACCACAGUGCAUCUGACUGGAAUAACAUGCUAGUAAUUUAUAUGUGUGGUCACCUCGCUCACAGCAAAGCCGGAAACGCUCUCUCCAGGGAGUGGAUGUAAAGUACUUGUAUAUAGAAUUCAGAACCGAAGAUAUUUAUUAAAAGUUGAUUUUUUUUCCUUGAUAGUAUUUUUAUGUACUAAAUAUUUACACUACUAUCAAUGACAUAUUUUGGGAAACUAGAGAGAUAUAAUUAUAUAUGUAUACUUUGUUCUGUGAUAAUAGAGAACCUUAAGCAAACUUCUUCAGCCAACUCAAAGAGGUAAAACAACAAAAUUUGACAUUCUUAAAACAUUUUGCAUUUGUGAAGUAGUUGAUAUUAAGCUGAUGACUUGUUCCCCUUCAAGGAAAUGUAAAAUUAUAUGGGCUCAGCUGGCUGUUUAAUGAAACAGUGAGUUAGAAACAUUUUUUAAAGUAUGUGAAAGAGAUAAAGCCUUUAUGAAUUAUACUUAGAAAAGAAAGAUAAGCAUUAUCAGCAUAAUGUUUUUGAGGUCAGUACUCGAGCUGUCUAAAAAUGUAUUAUGCAAACUAAAAUGUAGAUGUGUUAACCUCUCAAAGCACAGAAUACACAAGACGUUCUGCAUUCCGACCAUUGUAAACUAACAGCAUUUAACAGGAGAAAAACUCCAUUGACUCCAUACCUCUAAAAAAAAUCGCUGCUACUUUGUGCAAGAAUUUUGAAGAUCAAAUGAAUUAGGUUAAUUCAAGAUAGUAAAGCAAUCCCUGAGCCUCAAGUCAUAGUCUUUUUUUCCCCUAACAAUUUCCCUCGAAUAAAAUUCUCUCUAGUUUACUUGCAUGUGCAUAUGUCUGGUCUACAGGGAAACAGAAAAGCGGUCACACACACACACACACCUCCGGUAAUGACACCCGUGUUCAUUAUCCUUCUGACCUUUGAGCUUUCUUUUCUACGGAGCUAAAAAUUCCUUUUUAUCAAAGUGUACACUACUGAAGCUAUUUGUUGUAUUCAGAGCAUGUAGCAAUAAAAAUGUUAACAA